AGAAGAACAAGAAAACAACAAAUUGUUGACGCGGACAGUUAGCGGCGAAAAGUUCAUAUCAUACAAAGAAACAGUAGCUUCCACAAUGGAUCGGGACAAAGCUAGCCCGUUCCCCUCCACCCUCCCGGAGUCCCCAAGUCGACUGCCUCUCCGUACUUUACUGCUGGUUCUGGUCGACUGCAGGAAAACACCGGGGCAGAGUGGAACUGAGAGAGGAGAAGAGGAACAUGGAGAUAUGAUUUCAUUAAGUAAAAACCAUGGGGACAUCCCUAACUGUUGCUCUCUUAGAGGGAGGGGCUUAUUAUCUGGGGAGCCUCAACAACAUCAUGAUGCUGACAUGAAAGAGAAGAGUCUCUCCAGACCAGAACACCUCAAGAAACACCAGCAGAGACGUAUAGGGAAGAAACCUCACCACUGCUGCUCUGACUGUGGGAAGAGUUUUGCUAAACAGGACUUGACUAUUCAUGAGCAAAUUCACACUCUAGAGCAUGUAUCUAAAACCUUAAAAUCUCAUCUGAGAAUUCAUUCAGGGGAUGGACCUUAUACCUGCUUUGAUUGUGGGAAAUACUUAAAUCAGUCAGGAGCCCAGACUAAACACAAACACACAGGAGAGAAGCCUUAUAGCUGUGAUCAGUGUGGGAAGAGCUUCAAUCAGUCAGGAUCCCUGAUUGCACACCAACGCAUACACACAGGAGAGAAGCCUUAUAGCUGUGAUCAGUGUGGGAAGAGCUUCAAUCAGUCAGGAUCCCUGAUUGCACACCAACGCAUACACACAGGAGAGAAGCCUUAUAGCUGUGAUCAGUGUGGGAAGAGCUUCAAUCAUUCAGGAAAUCUGACUGUACACCAGCGCAUACACACAGGAGAGAAGCCUUAUAGCUGUGAUCAGUGUGGGAAGAGCUUCAGUGACUCAGGAUACCUGACUGUACACCAACGCAUACACACAGGAGAGAAGCCUUAUAGCUGUGUUCAGUGUGGGUUGAGCUUCAAUAAAUCAGGAGCCCUGACUAGACACCAACGCAUACACACAGGAGAGAAGCCUUAUAGAUGUGAUCAUUGUGGGAAGAGCUUCAAUCAUUCAGGAUACCUGAGUAUACACCAACGCAUACACACAGGAGAGAAGCCUUAUAGCUGUGAUCAGUGUGGGAAGAGUUUCAAUAAUUCAGGAAACCUGACUAAACACCAACGCAUACACACAGGAGAGAAGCCUUAUAGAUGUGAUCAGUGUGGAAAGAGCUUCAAUCAAUCAGGACACCUGACUAUGCACCAACGCAUACACACAGGAGAGAAGCCUUAUAACUGUGAUCAGUGUGGGAAGAGCUUCAAUUAUUCAGGAUCCCUGACUAGACACCAACGCAUACACACAGGAGAGAAGCCUUAUAGCUGUGAUCAGUGUAGGAAGAGCUUCAAUCAUUCAGGAUCCCUGAUUAUACACCAACGCAUACACACAGGAGAGAAGCCUUAUAACUGUGAUCAGUGUGGGAAGAGCUUCAAUGAUUCAGGAUACCUGACUAUACACCAACGCAUACACACAGGAGAGAAGCCUUAUAGCUGUGAUCAGUGUGGAAAGAGUUUCAAUCAUUCAAGAUCCCUGACUCUACACCAACGCAUACACACAGGAGAGAAGCCUUAUAGCUGUGAUCAGUGUGGGAAGAGUUUUACUCAAGAUUCCACCCUGACUACACACCAACGCAUACACACAGGAGAGAAACCUUAUUCCUGUCUAUGUGGAAAGAGCUUUGCUCAUUCAGGGUCACUGAUAACACACCAGAAAGCUCAAACAUGUUUUCUUUCAUCUCGUUUCUCUCCGGCACCGGUUCCAGAUUCCUAAAUAACAUUUCAAUAGAAAACAUAUUGCAAAGAGUUAUCUGUCUCACAUUCUCUAACAGUUUAAGUCUGAUUACCAUGGUAACCUGUGUAGCAUAAUAUGCAGCUCUGGAUCUCUAUGUAUCAAUCGUCUUGGAGUGGUGUGUGUGUGUGGUGGGGAGGAGGUGUUCAGAGCUGUAUCUUAUUUUAUUAUCUCAUAUUUUCCAUUAAAUAAUGUACAAUAAAAUGUUUCACCAAUAGUAGGGGUAUAUUCAUGUGUGGGGGAAAUGUUGUCUGAAGAGAGAGCCUUGAAUUGUACAUCUUGUCUCAUACAUCAUUGGUUCCUGUAGGUGCUGGGUAUAGAUGUGAGGGGGAGACAGUCAUGAUCCCCUCAGACCUUUUGGCAGAAUGCCCAGAAUAUGUUCUAUAAGUUACAUGCAGGAACCAAACGUUAAUGAUGAAUAAUGUAAAUCAUGCAAAUAUAACUUGUCUGUGUAAGCAGUAUAUAAGAGAACUAACUUGACUGCCCCGAAAGAGCUCCCGACCGAUGUGUACUAUGGUGCAUUAAGUUUGUUGCAACCUUUCCAGCUUGCUGAAAGUAAAGAAUGAUUCAUUUAA